AUGGCUGGAUCUCCUUUAACCCCGGAGAGUAAACUUUCUCUUAUGAAAAGGAACUUGCAGGAAGUCCUUGGCGAGGAGAAAUUGGUGGAGAUCCUGAAGUCACGGGACAUCAAAAUCUACUGGGGCACGGCAACUACUGGCAGACCUCAUGUAGCCUACUUUGUGCCCAUGUCUAAAAUAGCUGACUUCCUGUCGGCAGGAUGUGAGGUGACCAUAUUGUUUGCAGACUUGCAUGCAUACCUGGACAACAUGAAGGCCCCAUGGGAACUGCUCAACCUCAGGGUCAAGUACUACGAAGCUGUUAUCAAGUCCAUGUUGAAAUCAAUUGGGGUUGACCUUGGGAAACUCAAGUUUGUCAAGGGCACAGAUUACCAGUUGAGCACACAAUACACUCUGGAUGUGUACAGACUCAGUUCCUUAGUGACAGAACAUGAUGCUCGUAAAGCCGGAGCCGAAGUCGUCAAACAGGUGGACCACCCACUACUCAGUGGUCUGCUGCUUUACCCUGGUCUUCAAGCUCUGGAUGAGGAGUACCUCAAGUGUGAUGCUCAGUUUGGAGGUGUAGAUCAACGAAAGAUUUUUACUUAUGCAGAAAAAUACCUGCCACAUCUAGGAUAUGCCAAAAGGUCACAUUUGAUGAACCCAAUGGUGCCUGGUUUAACUGGAACCAAAAUGAGCUCAUCAGACGAAGACUCCAAAAUAGACAUGCUAGAUUCUCCGGCCCAGGUGAAGAAGAAACUCAAGAAGGCCUUCUGUGAGCCAGGAAACAUUGAAGACAAUGGGAUCCUGUCCUUCUGUAAACAUGUACUUUUUCCUUUACGAACAACAGCUUUUGAAAUCAAACGACCAGCAGAGUUUGGUGGUGAUGCUUCAUUUAACAGUUUUGAAGAGUUAGAACAGGCUUUUGCUAAAGAGUUAGUUCACCCUGGUGACCUGAAGAGUGCAGUUGAGCGCUACUUGAAUGAGUUGAUGGAUCCCAUCAGGAAGGAAUUUGAAUCUCCGGAGUUAAAGAAACUUGUAUCUGAAGCUUAUCCAGUCCAAAAAAAGAAGUCUGGUGCCACUCCAAAGAUCAGUAAUGCUGUAGAAAGUGCUGAUAAUGGCAUUGUUCCCUCCAGGCUGGACUUGAGGGUGGGCAAAAUCCUAACUGUUUCACAGCACCCAGAUGCAGAGUCCUUGUUUGUGGAGACAGUUGAUCUAGGUGAGGCUGAACCACGUACUGUCAUCAGUGGGCUAGUCGGGCUGGUGCCCAAGGAGGAUCUUCAGGACAGGCUGGGGGUGUUCCUUUGUAACUUGAAGCCAGUUAAAAUGAGAGGGAUAGAGUCCAAGGCCAUGCUCAUGUGUGCUUCAUUAGAAGACCCAAGGCAGGUGGAACCACUAUUUCCACCAGAGGGCAGUGCCCCUGGUGACCGUAUCUUCGUGGAAGGGUUUGAGUCGGGCACACCAGAUGACCAGUUGAAUCCAAAAAAGAAAGUCUGGGAAAAAUUACAGCCUGAUCUGAGAGUCAGCGAACAGAGAGUAGCAGAAUUUCAAGGAAGUCCACUGAUGACAAAAUUAGGAAAGAUAGUCACCAAAAAUGUGAAAAAUUCACCAAUCAAAUAG